CAGAAAGCCAGGCUGUGAUGCAAACUAGGGAAGAGAGGUGGGGAGUGAAUGAUUCAAUAAAAGUUUAUGAAACUAAUGUAAGCCACACCCAGUAUAAAGGUCACACCUUCUCGAUCCCAUUUGGGAGGGACAGGUGCCGAGUGAGUGUAAUCAGGGAAGAAAAGGGAAGAGGAGAGUUUUGUUGGUGCCGGAGUAGGAGCUGCUGUGUCUGGCACUCACAGGCUUUCUAUUAGGAAGGAGAGCAGGCAGCUGUCUGGGCUGGGACAUUAAAACAGCAGUACAGGUAGAGGAGAAGCCUGGCUGCCUGCCUGGAGGAUUAGCUCUCUGUGUGGAUAUUAUCAUAUAUACAAGUGACUGCUCUCCCCCUGCUUGACUACACCGUUUACUAGUGCCAGGGUGUCUCUGUGUUCACCGGUUGCUGUCAUCGUUUGAAGCCGGAUCUCAGAAUGGGGGCGAUAGGUUCACCUGGCAUAUCACUCCCUCACAUAUGGUGCUUCUUUAUGAUUCUUCUGGUAAGUUCUCAUUCCCUACUGGUUAUAGUGCCAUGGGGGUCUGCCAAGACAACUGUUUUAUCUCGUGGGAUCCAUACUCCGUGUUCUAAACCCGCAGUCCUAACAUGUAUAUAGACUAUAGCAUUUUUAUUUUAUUUUUUAUUUAUUUAUUUUUUUGUCUUACAGUAUUAUAUUAUGAUAUUUAGUAGAUGAACUGCUCUCAAAUCUGCCUUGUAUGCAAUAUCUGUAAAAAGAUAACUUGCAAGUUGCUUACAUUAAUUCGUUUGAGAAGCUAGUUUAUUCCCUCUUUCUGCAUUAGUCACCGUGUUCUAAUUUAUUAAGUAGCUGGGAAGCCCAAGUACACAGCCUGGUGGCUGAUCUAAAGAAAACGAAUGUGUGGGAAAGAUCCCAGUAUUUCUUCCAUAUUUAUAGCCAAAAUCUGAGUUGUAUUUGUUUACACACUUCUUUCAAUUGUAAGGUUCAUUAUGAAUUAAGCAAGUACAAAAAAUUUGAUAAAGGGCAAAAUGAGAUUUAAGUUUAUUUAAAUUUCCUUUGAUCCACCAGUGCUCUUUAGGAAUAUGGUUUGAUACUCAUAUUUCCAAUUUGUUAGAACAUUUUUAUCCAGUCUCAAAAAUGGUUACUGUGAUGCUCAGUUUGUUGAUAAAAUGUUCUAACUUUCUUACCUAAUUUAGCCACCUAAGACGUUCAAAUCUUAAAGAAUAAUAGAGAUGGCAGAAGGCCUUCUGGUGGUUAAUGGUUGAGGGAUCCAUAGGGAUACAGAAAUUUGUGUGGUAUUUAGUGUAUAGAUCAGUUCCAACAAAUAUAGUGUGUUGGCCAGCAUUUAGUGAACUAGUUGACUAUAGUUUUAUAGCAAUUUCGAAGGAAGGAAUAUGCUGGGUACAAAAAAACCCCCCAAAAAACCCUAAUUGAAAAUUAUUCUAGCAACCUACAUUUCUACCCCAUCUUUUCUUUUUGUGCCACUAUACCCGACUCCCUCUAGUGUUUUUAUUUAUCUAUUUAUUUAUUUUUUAGCUCCUUUAAGCAGGGCCCUCAACCCCCCCCUGUUCCUUUGCGUUCAACUCUUCUGGUUACUAAUACUUGUCUGUUAGUUCGGCUAUUGUACAGCGCUGUGGAAUGUGUUGGUGCUUUUAUAAAGUAUAUAUCAUAUUCCCUGGUGCUGUACAACACACUGAAAUUAACUUUGAGUCAAAGUCUGGUUCAAGCCCAACCAAGCAUGUUACCGUUCAGUUUAGAUGUAGUAUUCAUGUCAGUUGUUGUACUAUUUAUUCUAUUAUAAAAAAUGUGUAGUGUAGCUAUAUUCUGUAGCAAUGGAAACUCAUUGGCAAGUGAAACGUUUAAGCCUUUAGGGUAAUAUAUGUAGAAUGUGCCUUGCUCCUGUCUCAAGGUUCUGCAGGUUUUGUAUUCUUGUAAUUUAACUUUUUUUUUAAUUUUAUUUUUUAUUCUUUAUUUUUUAGUUUUUAAAGGUGAUACAUUUGGUCGGUGUAUGUGCACCAAUAUAACCGUUUGUUACAGAAAUGGAAUAAACAAACAAGAAGGGAUCGUAACAGUAUAGAAUACAGUAUGAUGCGUGAUCUUUUCGCAGUCAUAUUGUAAUCAAUCAGUUUGUUAUGCGGAUUUUGGCUCAAACUAUAAUGUACAGUAUUAUUACAAGACCGUUCUGCGUGGAUUGUUUGUGUACAGCGCUACAGAAUCUGAUGGCGCUAUAUAAAUAUAAUAAUAAUGUGCUGUUGAACAAUUAAACAGGGUUGGGUGGCCUGUGUGUAUUUGCAUUGUCCAUUUAUGGACGGUAAUGUGCUUCCGUUCACCUGGUAUAAGGUAUUACUUUUUUUUUUUUUUUUCUGGUUCCAGUUAUACAUUAUUUUUUUUAUUUAUUUUUUAUUGACCAAAUAACUUUAUAAGAUUACAGUUUAUAAAGAUCACAUGUCAAAAUAAAGUCUCACACAUUUAGCAGCAACAGAACAUUCUGUGUGUGCUUUGAGCCUUAAUGGAUUAGGAAUAUAAUGCAUUAUCUCCUUUUUAAAGUGUUAAAUGGAGUAUGUUUUACCGACUACUGAUUUAAAGCAGUACAUGGUUUCACCACCCUUGAACGUAUUCUCUUAAAAACAUCUCCAUAUCAUUUUUACUAUGGAAUUUAAUGAUUAAAAGAAGAAAGAAAUGGUACACAGGUUGUCUAAAGAUUGUCCGGUAAAAAUAUGUAUAUGUGUGUUUUACAUUUUUAAUCAGUAUGCAUAGUACUAUUUUGAAUUUAAAUAUAUAUAUAUAUAUAUAUUAAUUAAAAGUAAUUUUAAACAAUAGGGGGUUGGGGGAAAUGUAUUUUCCUAGAUGCAGGGAAAGCAGCGUUAAUGUUGAGUGGAUCUUGGGGAGGAGGAGCGGUGAACCAUGUUGCCUAUAAGGUCACUGUAAACAAACUAACACUAAGUAUUACAACAACCUGCCUGCUAUAUCAUAUAUUUACCAGUUUUACACAUUAAAGUAAAAGUGGCUAAACACUGCAAUUUAAAAUAAAUAAGUUAAUAAUAAAAAUAGACAUUUUUGAAAAUGUAUUUAUAUAUCUUAAUUGCAGUGUUUAUAUAUUUACUGUGUGUGUGUGUGUGUGUGUAUUUUCUUGUACCUUGCCCCAUUAUGUUAACUACUAUUCUAUUCUUUAGCCUAUAGAUUUUACUCUGGAUACUUAAAUAAAAAAAAAAUAAAAAAAAUUCUCUAAUUUCUGAUCCUUUUGUAACUGAAAUGUGACCUUCAACCUUAUUUUUGUGUUAAUGUACACAUUAACGGGAUCUCCUUUUUGAAUACAGUCAUCUUCCUCCCAUUAUUAAAUACAUUUACGUUAAACAGAAUUGGACGUGUGUGUGUGUGUGUGUCCAUCUUCAUCCAGCUUUCCUUUGGAAUAUGAAAAAAAAAAAAAAUAUAUAUAUUCACUCAAUGGUGAGUGAAAAGUUUAAGCCAUGAGGUAAUAUAUGUAGAAUAUGCCUUGCUCCCCUGUCUCAAGGUUCUGCAGGUUUUGUAUUCUUGUAAAUGUAUAAUUGCAUUUUAUUUUUUUUUAAUAUAUAAUUUUGUGUGUCUCCAACAAAAUCAAUGUUUCAAUCCUAUAGGGUCAUUAUCAAGACCAAUAUGACCAAUUCACGAGGCUUUAAUGUACAAGCCAGACAAAUACAUUGACUAGUCAUAUUUUAUUUUUGUGCUGCUAUAAAAUUAAUUCAUCAAGAUUCUUAUUUUAUUUUUUACAAUUGAAGGGGUCCUUGUAGAUUUUAGUUCUUGCAUAAAUAAGCUACCCUCACCCAAAAAGUGGUAAAGAUCAGUAUGUCUAAAAGAGUUGCCUCUGACGCAAGCCAUUUACUUGUAUUUGUGCAUCUACUUUAUAAGCUUGCCAUUUGUAAAUUUUAUUAUCGUUUAAUAUUCUUGUCUUGUCUUUUUCGUUCCCUAGCCAUUAUGUGCGUUUGGUGAAAAUUGCCAUAAAGUUACGUUGCCUGUACCUUCUGAAAUAAUACACUCUGGAUUUUUAAUUGGGAAAGGUGAGAACUGUUUUUAUCUAUUUUUAAACCGAGCUUGUUUUAUUUUCUGUUCAGGCUGCCACAAAGCCGGUGGGUGUGUGGGUCCCCCCUCCUGUUUCAAGAAAAUCUGCAAUAACAAAUGUGUGUGCUGCAGUAACCAAUGAAAAUGGGUUCCUUUUUGAAAACUUUGUGGCUUCACUUUACAUCAAUUAAUGUAAAUUUUUGGCAUUUAUAUAGCGCCAGCUUAUUCCGCAUUGCUUUACAAUUUUCUAAAAGGGGGAAAUGUAACAAUAGACGAGACUACUACAGAAUGUUACUGGAACAAUAGGUUGAGGAUGCAGCCAAAACGAGCUUAGUUAUAUAACAAUGAAACCUAAUAUUUUGCAUUAAAUCUUGGCUUUGUUACUAGCCUUAAUUUAAAAGUCUUGGCUAGUUCAAUGUAAAAAAUACAUUUUAAGACAAAAGUGGAACACAUUAAGUGGGUUGAUUUUCAUUUUGCAAAUCACAACCUCCUAGAAUUGGGAGCUAUUUCUAAUAUUUAUUUUUUGUUCUCUUUCCAUCUACACAGUUGAUCUGCAUCGCUGCCUAAACUCCUAUGAUUAUUUGGCUAAAUCAAACAAUCCAAAAUUUGAAGUUUUUGAAGACGGUUCUAUUUAUGCCAAAAGAAAGAUUUCAUUGUCUGAUACAAAAAAAAUAUCUUUUGCAAUUUUACUCUUGGAUUUUUCCACCAUGAUGAAGAAGAAGAUACAAAUUAAAGUGGUGGCAAAACCAGAGGUAAGCUUUUUGCUUUCUACUGCAUUUUUUAGUUACUGAUCACGGUGCCCAUGUCUUGGAUCAUGGUUCAAUGUCUUAAGACCUUGGUUGGAUGACUUUCGACUGACUUGUACAAAAAUAGUUUGAAGUUAUUUGCACAAAUAAAAUUCCUUUUAAUUGAUACUAGAACAAAUAGAUUCAAAAAUCCAUCUCGCCUUUAGGUAAAAUGGUUACUUCGAAGCUAACCAGGUAUUUUAUUCUGACAAAUUGCUUUAAAGAACCCUACUGUUUUAGGAAUACAAAUGUAUCCCUAGGAUGGAUUGAUCCCAGAAAAUCAAUGCAUUUCCAUAGUUUGAGUGAAAUACACUGGAGGCACUUAAAGCCUGUAAUGAAAAUAUUGCUGUUCUAUACAGCUUGAGGCAUCACCCAUGUCUUUCCAUUUAAGAAAUGCUCAUUUUUGCAGAAGUUAUUUAUCUGUCUGUAGAUAUUUACAUAAUUAGUCUUUUUGAAAGAUUGAUCAGUAGUGUUGUAUGUCUAAAUUUGAUCAAGAAGAGGGAAAUCUUUGUGUGGCUUUAGCAGUCUCCGCAGUAGAGUGGUGCAAUCUGUCAUCCUUGGUACAUCUCUUUGGGGGAAAGUCAGUUGUUGGUGUUGAGUACUUUAAGAAUUGACCACGUUUAUUAUUGUGUUUGGUAAAAUAAGGAUUUGCUCAUGAAGAGAGCUCCUUUAGAAGUAAAGUUGAGCAAGCAAUUGGACCUUGGUAAGGAUAGAAGGAUGGCUGGAUUUCCCAGUCUGCCUUAACAGAUCUGCAGAAACCGUUGUAGAUGGUAUAAAACUGUCCCGUCAUCUAACAUGUCUGUGUGUGAGGCUGGACAGGAAGUGGGAGGGAUCAUAUCCUAUCUGCCCGCUAACAGCCUCUCACACAGGAAAUGCAUUGCAAGGGAACUCUUGGUGAAGCACACUGACUGUAUGACCACUCCUGCAGCUCUAAUCUCCUCAAUCUGACUGGUAUACAGAAGGGAGAGUACUUUGCAAAUAGCCCUUCAGACUCCAGCAUUCAAAACCUAAACCCAAAACUCCUCUUAAACUGAACACUCCUCGUACUCUAACAUUAUAUUUAACCCUGCAUGCAUUUCUACAGCUGCAUAAAUUCAAUAUACAGUGGGACCUCGGUUUAUGAAUUUAAUGCGUUAUCCGGAACGUUUCUUAUUGCGAAACAUUUGUAAACCGAAACGCAGUUUCCCAUAGGAAUGCAUUGAAAACCAACCAAUCUGUUCUGGAUGUCAGAAAAAAGUCAAAAUGAGUUGGCAUGGAAACCAACCAACAAUAAAAGGCAUGCAAACAACGAAGCUCCGCUCCCUACUUUUCCACAGCUUGAGAAAUGCUCCAAAAAGUCCCAAAACAACUGCAAACAAUUUCCAAAAUGGCUCCAAAACUUGAUAUAAAAGCCGCUCCAGCAUGCAGGGGGCAGUGCUAUAAACCUCCCAGGUGCAAUGCAUCCUGGGGAAACUUGCUUUUUAUUGCGAAAUAAAUUUGUAAACCGAGGCAUUAUUUUUCAACGGAUUUUCAUUUGUAAACCGAAAAUUAUGUUAACCGAGGCGUUUGUAAACCGAGGUCCCGCUGUACUCCGAUUCAAACACAAUACAUUUCAAGCAGAAAUAUACACAUACACUUAUGCAGUUGUCAGAUAUGAACACUUUAAUUUUCUUUUUUAGUCCUGCAUUGUCCAGUUACUAAAUUAUCUGCUUUUAUUGUGGGGUUGGGAGCAGAGGGUGCAUUAGAAUUCUGUGCCUUCAUGCACCUGACAUGUAAAUUCGGGUAGAAGGUGUGAGUUGUUUUGUGCUGUAGUGAGACACGUGUAGAGAUUUCUGUUAUAAAUCGCAUUGUUGUCUUGCUGUCUUUACCACAGACUGGAUCAUUGUGUUAUUGAGAGUUCCUUCAAGAUUAUCCCUUCUCUGUAACUUUAUUUCUGACUUACUGACCAGGAGCUUAAUGAUCAUGCCACAAUCCUGCUAAUCAUGAUUAUUCUGAUCUUCACCUCUUGUCUCUUAAUAUUUUGUUGGUCUUUUUGGCAAAUAUUCCCAUUCUAUAAUUGUAAAGCGCUGCAGAAUAUGUCGAUUCUAUAUCAAAGCCAAUAAUAGCAUUAUUAAACCGUAAAAAGCAUGUGGAAAGCUUCCUGGAUUUUGUGGAUCUUGCUAUUUUGGAUCAGAUUUGUUGGCAAUAACUAUAUUUAUGAAUGGAUAUAAUAGUGAUUUUUUUUUUUUUCUUCUUAUUCAAACUGGGAUAAUUAUGUUAAGUUAUCAUGAUGCAGAACCUCAUGGCCAGCUGGUAUUUUAGACGGUCACUUACUUUCUGUGACCAUUUAACAAUCCAUGUAAGACACUGCCAGCAGUGCUAGUAUUAAAGCUGAGACCUGUAGAAAUUGCUUCUAACUGCCCACGAGGUAAAGUAUCUACACCUGUGUUGUCUUCAAACAGUCGCCAUUCCAGUCUACUCACAGAUUGUAUUCCAUUCUACAGCUUGAUUUUUAUGAAGAAAAGCAGUGGAAAGGCCCAUGUGCAAAUGCCUGUUGAAGAGCUCUUGUAUGAUGGAAAUGCCCAAUGUGCAAGAAAAUUAAAUUAAAUAAUUGUUCUGCAUUUGCAGCUGUCCCUAUAAGUGGGACAAAAAAGGACCAUGCUAGGAGACGUGUGGGUGUGGCUUGCAGGAUGCUGCUUAUGAGGGGCCCAUGAAUUGGUGAAUAGGCUGUGUAGAGUAUGUGAGGAGAGAUGGAGUUUGUAGUGUGUGUGUUUUCAGGGGAGUCAUUUACAAUAUCAGAAAUGGCUGGCCAGUGAGGGAGCAUUUUUGAUUUUCCCAUUGUCAAGAGCUCACUCUCUGGGCUUGUUGCGUAGAUCAUUUGAUCUCACCUGUCAACCUCUGCACAUGGCUGCCACGGCCCACCAGCAUUUGCCCUGUUUUACCUAUGGGCAUGAAUGAAAUAAUAAACUAAGGCUUCUGUUGAUACAAGGCUAGUCUGUUACAUUUUAGAAGGUACUUGGUAAGCACCAUGGCUAGUUUUGUUGAACAUGCUACAGGUAACUUGAAUUGGUCCUAGUUAUGUGUAUAUAUCUAAUUCUGUUCUCCUUUUGGAUAAUCUAUACAUUUAUUUAUUCUUCUAAGCAUAUAUGUGUGUGUGUGUGUGUGUGUAUAUAACAGAUAUUUAAUUUCAGACCAGCAAACAGAGAUACACUAGAGGUUUGCUGAGACGUACCAAAAGAAGAUGGCAACCUAUGCCUGCAUCAGUUAUGGAGAAUUCACCUGGUCCAUUCCCAGCUCUUGUUCAGCAGGUAAAACCUAUAGUAAACAGUGUCAUUUUUCUACGCAAGCUAUAUGAAGCAUGCAGCUGUACUUAAUCUUUCAACUAUAAUGUAUCACUUUCCUCUUCCUAAAUUAUUCCUUUUACUUUUACGCCUCUAAAACAGUGGUUCACAGCUGAUGAGUCAAUGAGGCUCUCUUUACUUUGUCUGUCUAUCAUUUUCUUUUCAGUCCAUUAGAUUGCAAGAUGGGCCUUAAAGCAAAUGACACCCACUUCACAGUAAGCCAGUUAGGGGAGCCUGUUUUUAUCUCCUUUUGCCUAGACAGUGCCUCGUCGGAUGUAUCCUUAAAGAUUAGAAUCCAUUGCUCUAGGCUCAAAGCAAAGCACACUCGAAAAUAAAAUGCAUCCAUGUUGUGUUUGUGAAAGUGUAGCAUUUUUGUACUGUUGCAUUAUAAACAAUGGUUAAAUAAAAUGCUGCGAGAUGCAGAUUUUUUGGGUUAUUAGAAGAUUAAAUCUUUUUCCAAGUGGUAAUUGCUGGUAUCUCUCAGGUAUACUUUUACCGAAAUGCUAAAUCCAUAUUUUUGACAUAUUUAAAGUCUUUAGGGGUCUUUAUCAUUACAUGUCCUGUAUGCCAUUGCUUUUUAGGGGGUUGAAAACUACAGUUCUGGGGCAGGUUGCUAAGCGUGGCAUUUUUGCAUACUUUGUCAGCAUCGGUUAGAGCUACAUUCACUUGUUCUAAAACAACUAAAGGAAUUAUAUUAUGUUUAAAAUGCAGCUUUUGACAUUCAUUAUUUCCUUAGAUUAGUGCUCUGAAUAUAGUAAUUACAAUUACUUAUAUUAUACGACGUAAAAUAUUGGAGAAUAAUUGUCUGUCAACCAUCUUUCUUUUGUGUUUGUUUUUCCAAAAAAAUAAUUUUUUUUCUCUUGUGUCCAAAGAAAAAUAAUAAAAUAAAUAUUGAAAAAACAAUUACUUUUAUAGUGCUGAAAAAUGGGUAAAACAAAACCCUUGAACAAAACUUGUUUUACAUACAUGAGCAGCAAGUGAAGAGGGCCCUGUCCUAACUAGAUUUAUACAGAAAACUGCUUUUAUUAUUUCCAUCCAGAUUAACAUUAUUAAUAUAAGUGGAAACAGUCUAUGAGAGAUCCUUGUUUUCAGAUCAGGCACUUAGGACUCCGUUUAUCAAACACAGAAUCAUAUUGUAUUGCAAGUUUUGCUUGAAAAGUAUCCCAAAUUAGAGGAAUGUCUUUGAAUAUUCCAACCCUAUUCUUGGAAGGAAUGGGUACACAACCAAUUAUUUUAAGUUGUACGUGAAAUGUGUAACAUGCAGUACUUGCCAACUUGUCUCUUCAAGACUUUUUUUGGAAAUUGUUUAUGUAUAGUUAAGUAAAGGAACAUAAAAGCAAUCAAAUAAGCAGUGUUUUAAAAUACAUAAACAACUUCUUAGUGGCUAUCUGCUCAAUUAGCUAGAGUAGGAGAAAUGAAAAGAACACAUUGUAAUAAACAUACGUCCUUUUCAUUUUAUCAUCUCUUACUCUACUUGGUAUAGAUGUCUCUGAAAAUACAUUUCUAAACACACACAAAUAUACACUCCUGUGAUACAGUUACGUGGUGCUAAUAAACGUAAAAAUUAAAACCAUUUUGUCAUCCAGUUUUAACCCUGGUUCAAAAUUGAAUUUACUAUAAUAUUUUUGUUUUCUCUCCCCUUACAGAUUCAGUCUGAUACUCAGGUGAACUAUACCAUAUUAUACUCUAUUAGUGGCGCUGGUGUUGAUCAGCCUCCAGUGGGUUUAUUCUACAUUGAAUCACACACAGGAAACAUAUUCAUUACUAGGGCGGUCAAUCGUGAAGAAAUUCCUCUUUAUACCGUAUGUAACACAUUUAGUUUUCUAUCUUUUUAUAUGUAUUUAGACUGCUCCAUUUUAAGAAAAAAAUAAUUUUGCCUCAUAUCUUUCUGCAUUUGGUUCCUAGUUAAUGUGCUAUGCAAGCACUGCCGAUGGAUAUUCACCAGAAACACCUUUAAGAUUUACUGUCAAAGUGGAGGAUAUGAAUGAUAAUGCACCCCUGUUUACAGAAGAAUCAUUUUGCAUGGAAAUUUUAGAGCACAGCAAUAGAGGUGAGAAAAAUACGUUUCAUUGCAUACAAUAAGUUGGACGCUUUUAUUUUGAAAUUCAAGACGGUGAAGGGCAUUGAACUAGUAAAUGUAGUCAUACUUAAGGUUUUAUUCACUAAACUCUCUUGGUGACUGGUCAGUUAACAAUUAAUACCAUAAUAUAUUCCUCCUUCAGUAAUCCGGCCUUUGUGCACAGUUACUUAGUAAGUGAAUAAUCUGUAAUUAAUGUGGACUAGGCAUUCGUUGAAGGGAUUCUCCAGUGCCAGGACAACAUUCGAUUCCCGCAGUGCCCCUCUCCCUCUCACCCCCGAUGUCCCUCUGCGCUGGAUCAGGCUCCACCUGCUCUCCUCCCCCGCCGACGUCAGCGGAAGGGGAGACCUAAUGCACGGCAAUGGCAGCGCACACACAUUAGACCUCCCCAUAUACAAGCAUUAUACAAUGCUUUCCUAUGCGGAUUCCAGCGACGCUGAUGGUCCUCAUGCAUAGCGUGAGGACGUCCAGCGUCGCUGAAAACACUGUUUUAGUGUUCUAUGAACACGGAAGUCCCUCCAGUAGACAGCCACUUGAGGAGGACUUAACCUUGCAAUGUAAAUAUUGCAGUUUAUGAAAACUGCAAUAAUUACACUUGCAGGGUUAAGGUUAGUGGGAGUUGCCACCCAGAUCACUCCAAUGGGCAGAAGUGGUCUGGGUGACUGGAGUAUCACUUUAAAUAACAAUUCCAGUCAAGUGGCCCAUUGCAUCUAGAGAAGAGUAAACCCACAUUUCCCAUGUGACUGCCUCCCCUUAAACAGACACACUCACUGACAGGCACACACAAACUUGCUGAUUUGACACACAAACACAGGCACACACACACGGUUGAGGAAGAGGGAUAAAAAAAGGUGUAUUAUCCCCCCCCACCUCCACCACCCUCCCUAAAUCUUACCUUAGGCCAAGAGCAGCAGUCCGUGUAUUCAGCCGGUCUCUCCUGAUGUCAGGAGGAGGGGGCAUGAAUUCCUCUGCUCCUCUCCCAGACUCUCCAGAAGUCCUGGGAGAAGAGCAGUGAAAGUCACGCUCCCUCUACCUGACAUCAGGAGAGGCCGGCCGACGCACUGGCUGCAGGGAGAGAGGGAAGUUGAAAAAUCAGAGUCCCCAGCCAGAGGCAGGGGAUUCAGAUAUUUACUUUUUUGCUGGAUGCAGACGGCCCUGGAUUCAGAGCGGCCCGCCCCUGCUAUAAAUUGUUUCAAUGUUCUGCUAUUUCAUAUAAUUUUCUUUGCAGAAAAAAGAUGUAUUCCUUGCCAUUGGUUAGAUGUUCCUGCAGUAACCUACUUUUUUUUUUUUUUUUCCUCUCUCAAUUCUAAAACUUACUCAUCUUCAGACUUUACUCUGUGUAUCAAGUAACUGAUCAUACUUCACAAUCCCUAAAGCUUGUGCAUGACCAGUAGAGGCUUGUGUGUUAUUGGGCAGCUAUGUAUUGCACGUAUUUGCAUAAUUUUGUGUGAUUCUGCACAUUAUUUGUAUCAAUUGCAAUUAGUGGUCUUGGAUUGCUUAACACACAGCAAAUAAUACCCCAGAAUUCACCUAAAUCAAUCUUAAAGGAUUGUGACGAAACUGCUGUAUAUUGUACUCCAGCCCUCAUUUUAUUUUUUCACUUUCUAAUGCAACUCUUAACUUACAGGAGCAAUUGUAGGAAGAGUAAAUGCCACGGAUCUAGAUGAACCAAAUAGUCUACAUACUCUCUUAAGAUACAGUCUUAUCUCACAGAUCCCUGCAUCACCUAUAAUGUUUGCUGUGGAUCCAAAUUAUGGCAUAAUUACUACAACUUCAAAUAAUCUUGACCGAGAGGUAAAAAUUUAAAUAUUGCACUUUUUACCUUACAUUUGUGCUUGUUUUUUUUUUUUCUUUUCACUUUGCAACAUCACAAUAAUCUUUGCCAUUUACUAUGUUAUAUCAUUUACUAUAUAACAUUUUUAUUUAUCUUCAAGGUAGCUGAUAACUAUGUCCUCCUAAUUGAAGUGCGUGACAUGGGUGGACGGUUUGCUUCUUGCUUGUCCUCAACUGGAACCGUAUUAAUAACGGUCACUGAUAUCAACGAUUAUGCGCCAACCUUUACUCAGCAGUCGGUAAGUGCUCUACAACAUCCAUUGCACUCUAAAAACGAAAUUUCGAAAUUAAAUGUGUAUAUUUUGCAGCUAAACUGUAAAGCGUUAUUGCUAAUAUGUAUAUCCCAAGUGUGUGUGUUAUACACGAAGAUCCUAGCAAAUGUAAAUUUAUGUUCUGUCUCCCUGGCAGUCUUUAUUUACUUAAUAUAUUUAAUCUGUGAAUCCUUUUGUGACGUCUUAUGGUAUUGCAUUUUAAAUGACAUGUACUUAAAUCAGCGUGAUACAUCCUAAAUGCAUGUCUAGUUACUUUGUAUAUAUUCCCUCAUGCAAUAACACGCACACACUGGAGACUCACUGAUGCAUCGCAGAGAAAACUCUUUUUCAUUGGAUCCUACAGAUAACUAUAUAAUGAUGGUCUAAUCAAGAAAUCUAUUGAAUAACCAAUAAGUGAAUUGAAGGGUCCAUAUAAAAGAUAAUCUAAGAAUCUAAAAUUUGUGAUAAAACAUGCUUGGGAGCUCAGAUUCUGAUUGCAAUUUUAAUGGAUUUGCAAAGGCUUGAGGUUUUCCAUCUCAGCUGGUAAAAUAUUCAUUUACACUGACUAGGUCAAAUGGAUAUCUCCAUUGUACACUAUUGUCCAUAUUUUAUAUAUCUAAUGUAAGUAACAUUGGUAUUGUAUAGUUUUGCAAGAAUCAUUUGUGUAUGGUAUCUUCCAUACUGUAGGAUUUUGUUUCCUUAAGGUCUUUAGGGAUCUAUAUUUAAAUUCUAUUUUAAAGUCUUUCUCCUAUACAGUCGAUGGUGGUAUAAAUUACAUACCUGGCAACAUAUGAAAUAGUUUGGCAGUUCAAAAUGCAUCAGAUGUUCAGAUACCUUGGAUACAAACAUUGCAAUGGUUACAAAUGUAACCAAAUAAAAGUUCUGUUUAAUUUGAAUGCUUGCCUGUAUAGGCAUGCUGUGUUAAGAAUGGCCCUUUGUUACAGUAAAUGUGACACUUCUUGGCUUCAGAUAAAGAAAAAUGAUACACUAUGCUUAGAUUUUCUUUUUUCUUCUCCUGUUGGAUCCUAAUGUUAAUGGCAAAUGGGUUUAAACAUAAUUUCCUAGGAAUUUGUUUUACACACAAAGUGCUGUAACACACAUUUACAUAAACUAUACAUAUACUAAUAACCUUUUUUAUUGGUAAGUCAAUAUCUAGGAAGUAUGUGCAAGCUAUAUUUUGGACUCGCUUACAUUAAAGUGUUUUUUUUGUCUUUUUUUAAUUUUAGUAUCAGACUGAAGUGAAUGAAAAUGAAAGUGGAAUGAUCAUACUACGAAUACCUGUAAUAGACAAAGAUUUAAGUAAUUCUUCCAACUGGAGAGCUAAAUACAGCAUCACACAAGGCAAUGAAAAAGGAUACUUUAACAUAACUACUGAUCCAGUGACCAAUGAGGGUCUACUUAGUGUUGUAAAGGUAGAGUGACUUCACUAAUAGUUUAGAAUGUUGAUUUUGUCAGUGUUGGUUUUUAGAGAUUUCUAACCGACCCAUUCAUCAUUCCUGUGUUGGGCUAUUGAAAGUAUAUAUGUAUAUGGCGUUUAGCCGUUGUACAUUUUUGUGAAUCAUACUGCCGAUUUUGUAUUGCUAUUGUAACUGUAUGUGUUUGGUUUGUAAAUUAUUCUCUUGUUUUACAGGGAAUAAACUAUGAGGAAGUUCAAAAAAUUCUGAUACAGGUAGGAGUAACUAAUGAGGUGAGCCUUAUUACUCCAUCCGGUACAAAAACUAGUGGAUUGAGCACUGUCCCUGUUACUGUAAUUGUUAAAAAUGUGGAUGAAGGACCUGAAUUCCAACCAGCUGUCAAAAUAAUCCAUGUCCGUGAAAAUCAAACCAUUGGGACUGUGAUCGGAGAUUUCAAAGCCAUUGAUCCAGAGACAAAUAGUGGCAAUGGUAUUAUGUAAGUAUCUCAUAUUUCCACCUCAGAUUCUUCUUCUAUUCAAGAUCUAAAUUUUACUUUAAUUGUAUUUUCAAACAUCUUAUCACCUAAAGGGGGGAGGGGUAGUGAAAUCCUUUUAUUUCUUUUAUUUAUAUUUUUUCCCCCUUUCCUAUUCCAGAUAUAGUUUACAGGAUAGUCUAUCUUGGGUCAGCAUAGACCAAACCUCUGGCCAGCUAACGACCAUAAAAGUUCUGGAUUAUGAAUCAAAUGAAGCCCCAAACCACCAGCACAAUGUGACGGUUUAUGGAGUUGACCAAAGUAAGUCUGUAGUGGAAGAAAAAAUACAUAUGCUGAUAUUUAGUUGAAAAAAUAUCUAUAUAAUGCAUUUACAAAUCUAAAAAGCACAGUCUUAAUUUUUAUUUUUUUCUCCUUCCAGGUGGGAAAACAGGCACUGGUACAUUAGUGAUUAUUGUGGAUGAUGUCAAUGAUAAUAUGCCAUUCGUCCCUAGGGAUGGAUCAAAUAUUUGUAACACUGGAAGGUCAUAUUCUGUAAUUGAAGCAGCUGAUCCAGAUGGUACUCCUUAUUCGGCACCCUUUAAAUUCUCUUUAGACCCAUCUGUCUCAAAUCAGUGGCGGAUUGUACAGACUGAUGGUAGGUUAGAUGACUGCUUACAAAGCAUUUUGUUUAAAUUUUUUUUUUGUGUGGAACACUUUUUUCAUCAACUCUAGACUUUUCUGAGCUUAAAGCAAAAAUCGUUCUAUUUUACUUUGUGUUCCCUUAACAUUCUGUCAACACAAUUAGUUUAAAAUGUAUUUUACCAUGUAUGAAUAACAAAACUGUCCAAUUCCGUAUUUGCUAGCAAAAACGACACUCUAACAACCAAAAUCACUACAUUGUGAUGCAGUGGUUUUGGUACAUAGGUCCUGUCACUUUUUUCAGACUAUUGCUAUUUCCUACUAAUGUCAAUGUUUACAUAUAUCGGAGAACAUGCCUUUAGUGGCUCUGUGACUGACAAGCACUAGAGGCACUUCCUCAAGUUUGUCAAGUUUUGUAUUACAUUGGGGUGGGGGUGGAGGAAGUAGGUUGUGUGGCAAAAAAGAAACAUUCAAAAUAUAUUAAUGUUGUGUUCCUUUCAUGAAACUUGGUCUAAAUGGGGCUUAUCUGAACAUUUUUAUUUUUAUAGCUAGGAUCUUCUUUUGCUUUCCCUGCUGCAUUAACGUGUGUGUGUGUGUGUGUAUAUGUAUGUAUAUAUAUAUAUAUAAAUGUUUUGUGUUUUGCUUUUCUCCAGGAAAAUCCAUAAGGCUAGAACCUGUGACUGAUAUGGCUAUCGGAACCUAUGAUGUUCCUCUCCACAUUGUUGAUCAGCAAGGCCAUGGUACAACACAGAUUUUGAAGAUUACUAAAUGCAUUUGCGCUGAUGGUAUUAAUUGUAGUUCAUCUCGUUCUGAUAAAAUGGUUUCACUUGGAGGACUGGCUAUUCUUCUGAUGGUGCUCUCUGCAUUGUUGGUUGCUGCUCUUCUAUGUAAGUAUUUUUAUGACUUUCAGUGUGUGUGUUCACCUUUACCCCAGGGGACAGUGAUUUUACUUGUUUGCUCCUGAAGGACCAAGACACUUUUGCAUUUUUACUGUGCGUGUUCAACACACAAUAUGAUUUACUGGGUUUUAAAUAAACUGGUGAUCUACUAAGAAAAUGAAAUGGAAGUAUGUUGUAUUUUGGGCACAUAUUAUGGUCUCACAAAUUCAAAUUGGUCUCCAAAUAUAUAGCAAAAGUAUACACUUUGGCAUAUCUCAUUCCGGGGAGGCUUGUCCAUAGUGGCAAUGCACCUUUAAUUUUUGCUGCAGUGAUGUAAUUAAUAAUUACCAGCCUGUGGCUGUAAAUGAAAAUUGAGGCAUAGCUGUUUAUUUUAAAGAUUUAAUGCAAGUGCUCCACAAAAUAGUGGCUUGUGGAAUACCACUAACUUUUGCCACAUCAUAGAUUUAAUCCUGAUUUUACUUGAAAGGCUUGGCAAUACUAUGCCAUGCUUAUAGAACAUUAUGCCACCUUUAAAGCAUCAAAAUGUUACUUGUGCUUAUGCCACGGCUAGCAAAUGCUUGGAUUUUCAAAACUGAACCAUGUUUACCGCUCGUUCCGAGUUAAUUUAAAAAAAUCUUUUUUUACAUUUAUUUAUUAGGUGCUUUGUUAGCUUGCGCAUGUGGUUCUGGAGCAGGAAAAGAUAAAAUAGGUUUUCCUGAUGAUGCAGCACAACAAAAUUUAAUUGUUACAAACACUGAAGCACCAGGAGCAGAUGUCAUGGUAAGACUAUCAUAAAAGAAUGCAUGUAUGGAUAUGUAAUAUUCUAUGACCGAGUUCCAAGCUAUGAUUUGCAAAGUGAAAUUCAUAAGUUCAAAAUAGAGAGCACUUGUGACUUGUUUAAAAAUGGUCUUGAGUUUAAUGUAGCUGUGAUAAAAUCAGUUUAAGACCUAUCUUUUGUUAUUUUCAUAUUGGUCUGCAAUGUUUACUGCAUUUAUGGAUUGUCAUAUCUCUUAAAACCAUGUUGCAUCAUAUUUAACAUUGGGCUCUAGACUGCCAAUAGCCAUUUUUGUCAAAGUUGGAUAGAUUGUUUGCCUGUAAGUUACUACUUCUCUACAUCUUUUUUGCAAGUAUCUCACAUACCACUAUUGCAACUCAGUUGUACCCUGAAACUCAACUCCUGCACAGAUUAGCAUGCAUCCAAUUCAGCCACGCAUGGCACUGUUCACACACUUAUAGGUUCAUUGCUGGAAUCUGCUACAUACUGCAAGAAACUCUAGCCCAAUAGGUCCAGGCCCUUCUUACUGCACAUUCAAGCCCAAUGGUCUACAAGUCUCUUCCCUUCUCCCCCUGUGUAUAUGUACAUAUAUAAAUGUGUAUAAACCCGUAACUGACAGGGUUGUCUACUAAACUGUGAAAUGUCAGGAGUUACUCAGGGACUUCCAAAUGUAGGCCAAAUUAGCUGAAUUGGAAACUUAGAAUACUAGUAAUAGCUGAAGUAGGGGAAGGAUCAGUUUGAGGGGGAUCCCCUAGUCUUGCAGCAUCUUUCGUGGACAAUUGUGUUGUGCUCUUGUGACUCCUGACAGCUGACGUGCCAUAAGCAAGGACAUGACAGUGGCCGCGAGGGACAGGUUCAGGUAAUUUAUAAUGCAGAGACACCAGUCGGUGACAAAGGCACUUUAAAUAGCACUUUAAAAAGCAACUAUACUAAAAUUCACUGGACUGUCUCUGAAAUGAAACACAAACUAACACUUCUGUCUUUAUUUUUUUCUGCUUUUGUUCUAGGAUCAAAAUUUUAAAGUUCCAGUUCACAUAAGCGAUGCCAAUGUAGUUGGAACUGCUCCAACUAGGUCUGGUGUAUUUGGUCAAGGAGGACAAAGUUUUAGUGAAUCUGGUGGGCAACAGUUUACUCAAUCAAAAAUAACCAAGCAAAUGACAAGAGGUCCUUCAAGAUUUGGAACAAUGGGAAUGGGACAUAGCAUGCAAGAUCCCAACAGACUCACUUAUUCAGAAUGGCAAACCUUUAUGAACAGCCACAUCGGUGAUGUAAGUCUUAUGUGUAACCACUUCUAUCCAUCCAUCAAUUUUUUUUUUUUUGGGAAUAUUUUUGAGCUUUAAUAUCCUCCAAUUACCCUGCAGAUGCAAUGUCUCUGGUGAGGCAGUAGUAUUUACUAGAAUUGUGCAUUCUGUCUAAAAUCAUUCACAAUUAAUCUGAAUUUUGCAACUUUAAAUCCCCAUAUUUCCAAAUCAUGGAACAAGCAAAAUGGGCAAUGGACACAAGCUGUUUUGUGAUUUGCAGUUCCAUCCAUGGUGCCAAAUGAGGGGGUGGGGGAGGAAUUGUUAGGUGGCAGCCAUUAAAUGUUAAGUUUAUUCACAGAUCCAAGUAACAAGUAAUAAAUAGAAGAGCUGUAAAAUAUAGAUUAACAUUUUCCUUCCCCUCUAUUUUUUACUUUGUCUGUGAACCUAACGGCACAAAUAUGAGCCUGUCUGUGUACUUCAAGAUAUAUGCAUCAUAAUUGUGUUUUAUAUAAAUUUUGUAGUACACUAAAUAGUGCAUUGCCGAGCCAUUUUUGGUUUAUCCAAAUCACAUUCUCAAAUUUCUCUUUGUUUUACGAUCUUACAGAGGCUAUGGAAAACAUUUUGCUUAGUGUGUUUGUUCUACUUGACUUUAUUGAAAAACCUUUCCUUGUUUUGGUCCAUCAGUGGGACCUUUAGCAAAAUAUGGUUUUACAAGUCGAUUAAUUUGUCCCCCUCCCAAACCCCAAGUGCCAGGAUUCAACUUGUGUGCACUAUGUAUUUGUGCUUUGUAUGGGAAUAUUGGUCUUUUUAAACAUUCUUUAUAUUUUACAGAAGCUAUACAUGUGUGGACAGGAUGAAGAGCACCACAAAGGUGAAGACUAUGUUCUGCAAUACAAUUACGAAGGGAAAGGGUCAGUGGCUGGUUCAAUAGGUUGCUGCAGUGAACUACGAGGCGAGGAGGAAAGGCUAGACUUUCUAAAUCAGCUUGAACCUAAAUUUAGGACAUUGGCAGAAGUGUGUGCAAAAAAGUAAAAAUAUAUGCAUGUUUUAUUUUUUUCCAUUUUGUGUUUUAAGAGGUGAAUUGUUAUUAAUUGGAUUUUUAAAGCACAUUGCACAAAUAUCCAGAACAAUAAUAUCUAAAGCGAUCUAUGCACUAUGAUUUAACACACUUUGUUUUUUUUUAUUGUUGCUGGAUUAUUUUAAUUUGCGUCAAGACUACGACCAACUGUAUAUUUGUGCUUUUUAUGGUGUGUUGUAAGCCACUUAACUACCAUCAAUGUUCCUUGUUCCAACUUAUGUUUAGGAACACCUUUUACUUCCACAUUUUAGUUAAUCUGAGUUAACAUAUCUUAAAUUAAAAAAAACUAAAUUAUACUGCCCUCUUCCCCACAUAUACAAGUGGCAUCAAAAAAUAAUCUGAUUUCUUUGUAAAUUGUGGCUCUUUCAUUGGCAUGUUUUGGAUUUUUUUUUUUUUUUAAUUGUUUUAAAAUGUUUUAUUUAGGUCUAUCCAAUACUAGAAAGUAGCUCUUGUCAUCAAACAUUUUCUGUGCACUAACAUAUACAGACUUUGGAAGUGUCUUAGCCAGAUAGAUGUGCUCAGUAGUGUUUUUAUACACAUUGAAAGGAAUAUAGGUCUGUGUAGGCACAAUGGUCAUACUUAAAGAGCCCUUUCCACCGUCCUGUAAAAUUAUGAGUUACUUGGCAAAUCAGAUUGUUUAGCUGCCUAUAUUAAAUUUUCUACAAGAUUUUAAAUUUUUUUUUUUUUUAUAAUUUAAUAUCGGUUGCUAAGAUUUUCAAAGUGCAAGAUCUCAAAUUCCUAAUUUAAUGUAAACUUACUAUAGCUUGAAUAUGUUAAUAUUAACCUGAGGCUACAGGUUUUAAACACUUGUAAAAAGAUAUCUUUAGUGACCAUGGUGCAUUUGCAGCUUAAAGAUAUUACUAGACUUUUUCUCAAAUUACUUUGACUUGCAAUAUUAUUUUUCUUGAACUCCACUUUUUUGCUUAAGUUUAAAAAAAGUAAAGCUAAUUUCUGGGGGUGGCUUUUAUUUUAAAUUUGUACCAAAGCACAUUUUCUUGCACUGAUAAUAACCCUUUGUUUUAAAAAAAAAUUGUUUGUGUUUUUUUUUUGUUGUUGUUUUUUUUAACCUAUAUGACUGAUCUAAACUGUGUGUGCGUACGUGUACAGAAUAUAUCCUUUCCCUUCAAUUGCUGAUGUAGAUAUUUAUAAAUUGAGAGUAUUUUGAGUUCAGUAAUAAGGUACUAGGAAAUCUAAUUUUGUAAUCAGUCUGUCAAUUUUUCCCUCAGUAUUUCAUUUUUAAAGACAGACUAACUUUAUCUCUAGGUAAGACUUCCCCAAAUAAAAAAUAAAUAAAAAAACCCAUAGAUUUCAGUGGGAAAUAUGACCGGUCUAUGAAGCUAAUUGUCUACAUAUUGUUCUAGCUAAGAAACUUGGGAUACAUUAUGAAGGCAGCAGUUAGCCACAACUCAAAGACCUACCUAUUAUUAUUUUUCAUUUUUUUGCUGCCUUUUGGCUUGCACAGCAUGUAGGUAAAGGGGAAAUGGCAAAAAGGGGUAAUUUCAGCAUUGGGCAAACUCAUUUUUUAUGAAUUUGAAGUAAAAAACAAAAAAAAACACUGACUGGACUUCUUGUAAUAUCCAAAAGCUGUUGUUAAUGAAGAUUAUAGUGGUAACAGCAUGUAGCAGUUUCAGUCCUAUACUUGGAUGUUUCUCAUGGGGAUUUAAACAUUGGCUGAAAUUAUCUUUAUUAAUAUUGGCAUUUAUAGAGUGCCAACUUAUUCAAAGCGCCUUACAAGAUUAUAAAAUGUUAACUAAAGGCUCUUACUGCCAUAAUCUUUAACACACUGAAAAAAUAUUUAUUUGCUAGAAUAAGGCUAGACAGUUCUAUUAUGAAAGCAGCUAUGUUUUUCACACCUUUAAAAUGUUAUUUACCCUGCUAGUGUCCCAUUGUACAUUUUUAAAUAUGCAUUGUAUACAAUUUUAAAAUCCUUGACUGUACAAAUGGUGUGUUUUCUUACAAGUUGUACUAACGUGCGCUUGGUUAUUGUAGUAAAUGUUUUAUUGAUCUAUAAGAUCGUGUCACAUCUUGAUACAUAUUCAAAAAAUGUAUAGUGUUAAUAAAACUAUUUUUGUAAACUAUGCUUUUGCAUCAAAUGUUUUUACAGUUUGCACAUCUUUCAAAUAAAUCUCAAAGAAAUGUAGUGUCUUGCAAAUUGCUUAUGUUGCAUUAAAUCAUUACUUGAUUUACGAAGAA